AUGGCCCACAGCAAAUCCGCGAAGAAACGCGUUCGCCAGAGUGAGGAGCAGCGCAUUCGCACUCGGCACCAUCGGAGCCGCCUGCGAACCGCAAUCAAGAGCCUCCGCGCCGCCGUCGCCGCCGGCGACCAGGAAACCAGUCAGCAGAAGCUUCCGGAGACCAUCGCCCUGCUCGAUCGGAUGGCGAGCCGCCGGGUCCUGCACAGGAAUGCCGCGGCCCGCACCAAGUCCCGCCUCUCCCGCCUGGUAGCAAAAGCCUAG